CGACGGAGACGCGAUGGACGAUCGGCCGUCACCCGAGACAUGGUCGGUCUGGAUUUUGGACGCGAUCCGGAAGAUCCGCACGCAGAAACAGCGACCUAGCGUUGAACGAAUAUGUCACGCAAUACGUCAGCAUCACCAUUACCACGAGGAGGAAAUUGGCGAGCACCUCGAGAUCGCGGUAAAGCGCGGCGAUGUUCUCAAAAUCUUCAACAAGGGUCAGUCCUCUUACAAGGACCCGGGCGGCUUGCAAUCGAAACCGCUCAAGGUGUCAAGAUCGGCGGAUCUGAUCAAAGUGCUGUGCAAGGCCGUGCGCGAGCUCGGUGAGCGCGAGGGUUCGACCUUGAAGAAGAUCGAGAAAUACAUCAGACAGAGUCACACCGUCGAGGAGGACGUCGAGGGCGACCUCAGGUUCGCUCUCAGGUUAUCAGCCAAGCGCGCGGUCGAACGAGGAGUCGUGUUGCAGGAGGGCAAACUCUUCCGGCAAUGGGACAGACCGCCGUACCUCAAGAAACAUAAUGACGCUCAUGCGCCGCUCACGGAGCCGCCCGCGCCCAAGUUGCCCGCUCCGCUGCCGAUAUGCAAGGAAUGUCUGGGCGCAACGGCGGUCGGCAACAACAACAACAACAAGCGAAACGCCGCGAACGAGAAACUGAGCAGAUGUAGCGUCUGCGGCGCGGCCCUGCACAACUCCUGCGCGCCACCGGAACUCUCGAUCAUUGUCGAUCGGGGGAUAACGUGGUCCUGCGAUCACUGUUCGCCCAUCUGUUCCGGUUGUCAGCUGGAACGAGAGUCGCAGAACUAUCUCGUCAAGUGUGCCGGCUGCGUCAAGUGUUACCACCCCACCUGCCUUGACCCCGUCCUCGACAAGAAGACCAAGGCGCCCUGGAAAUGUCGACAUUGUCAGACGGCGCACACGCCGGUGAACAAGGACGACAGCAAACGAAGCAGAGAUGCGAGCUCGUCCGAGGACACGUCAACGAGCGCCAGGAAGAGGCACAGCAAGUUACGCGAGAAUCGAAAAUCGAUGGUAUCCAGAAAAAGCUUGACGAACGCGUAUCCAGUCAAGAAGGGCACCGCAGGAGUUCCGCAGGUGGACAGCAGCUCGGACGGUACUGUUUCCCCUCGUCAACCACCUUUGAUUUCCUCUCCUUUACCACAACCCCCCACCCCACUCGCAGGCCAGGGUAGGCUGCUCGAGGAAAAGAACGACAGGAUCUCGAAGGAGAAGCAGAAGUUUUUUAGAUUGAGUGCGUUUAAUGCCGAGCACAGUAAACUGAAGCGGGUGGGGGGCGGUGAUAAAUCUAGGCCCUCGCGAAGUGUUAGCGGUAGGUCGACUCGGGGCGAUGCCGCGAAAUCAAAUCCGAAGCAAGCCGGAACGUCGCAGCUGUCUAGCAGCAGUAGCGGCAGCAGCAGCAGCAGCAGCAGCAGUAGCAGCGAGGCUGGUAAUAGUAGCGAGAGCUCGGAAGGCAGCGACAGUAGUGACGAUGACGAUGAUGAGGACGACGAGGAGGGCAAUAGCUCGAGCGAGAGCAGCAGCGAUUCCUCGUCAUCAGACGAGACUCAGGACGGAAGAAUCGAGUCUCCUAAAGUGCCGUUCGCCUGCGAUCCCAAUGAGGACAAAUUGUGGGGUUUCGCUGCAGCCGCCGCUAAACUGAAUGUAGAAUCGCCUUUCUUCAGUGGUAUCACAAAUACCUUCGGCCCGCCUUUACCAAAACUCGACGUAGGCGAGACACCGACUUUCGGUCUGCACAUACAAGAACCCGCCGCUGUCAGUUCGUCAGACAAUAAAAAGAAAGACAAAUCCGAGCGAAACAGCGCGCAGUCGGUCGGUUUCGCGAACAAAGUCAACAAAGUCAAGCCCGGAACUGGACAGUUGAAGAGCCUUUUCGAUGGUUUGAGUCACUUUUUUUCAGCAUCCACAAAUAGCAGAGCGAGAUUAGCCGGCGCUCCGGCACCGAAUUACGCACCUGAUCGUCGAAAAAGACAUAACGCGGGGGAUAUCGGUAAAACGAGUAAAAUUCCGAGGAGUUCGCAGAAAAACAAACCGGACGAGUCACCUAGUAGCGCGACCAAACCGAACGAACGAAAAAAGACUGAAGUCACCGGCGAGGUAACGAGGUUACCUAAGCCUGGUAUUUUUGUACCUUCGGACGAGAGCGAGUUUAGUUCGCUUAACGAGAAAAUGCCAAAAAUGACGCCCUCGGGUUUGGUGAAAACCGCGGUGUACAGUAAAAGACACGAGCACGAGAGGAGAAAACUUAUGCGUGAGGACGCGUCGUCGCUCGUUAAAUGCGCGGACACGUUGUCACCGUCGCUGUCGGUGUCGAGACACGAACAGCAACAGUCUUCACGAAAGAAGCAAACGGCUGCGGACUCGAACACGCAGAUUCGCCACCCUGCGCCCGUUGUGAGAUCCUCAGGCCUCGGCUCCGAAUCCGUCAAAUCAAAUCCCAGCCUAAAAUCCCAUUCCCGAAAUAACGCCAUCACCACCAACACCACCACGGUACCCCGCGCGACACCCUGCUCCACCAUGAAGGAGGAACCGAUCGUGUUGCAAACUCUGCCGCCGGGCGUCACGCAAAAGGAUGUGGAACUCAUCAAGGAGGCUCGCGAGAAAGCGCGGUUGACCGUCAGCAACAACGAGAGCGAGCAAUCUUUGUCCACGAGCACGUUGGACACGUCCGGCAACGCGCCGCGAAAUCCCGCCGUGAUAGUAUUUGGUCGCUACGAGGUGGAGACUUGGUAUUCGAGUCCGUUCCCGCAGGAAUACGCGCGAUUACCGAAGCUCUUCUUCUGCGAAUUCUGUCUCAAGUACACGAAGAGCCGAGCUGUGUUGGAUAGGCACAUGGACAAGUGCACAUGGAGGUAUCCACCCGCGACCGAAAUCUACAGAUGCGACGGAUUGUCCGUGUUCGAGAUCGACGGCAACGUGAACAAGAUAUAUUGUCAGAAUUUGUGUCUGCUGGCAAAGUUAUUUUUGGAUCACAAAACUCUGUAUUACGAUGUGGAGCCGUUUCUCUUCUACGCGGUGACCAAGAACGACAAGCACGGUUGUCAUCUGAUCGGUUACUUCAGCAAAGAGAAACACUGUCCGUCUCAGCGGUACAACGUGUCCUGCAUCAUGACAUUACCGCAGUAUCAGCGGCAAGGUUUCGGUAGGUUUCUCAUAGAGUUCAGCUAUCUGCUGUCUAAGGUCGAGGGUAUCCCCGGAACGCCGGAGAAACCGCUCUCGGAUCUCGGUCGGGUGUCGUAUUACUCAUUCUGGAAAAGCGUGGUGCUCGAGUACUUGGACGCGCAUCGGAACGCGACGGAGAUCAAGCUCGGUGAUAUCACGAAGGAGACCGGCGUGUCGGCACACGAUAUCAAUACCGCGAUGGACUUGUUGGGAUUCUUCAAGACGGUUCAACUGCCUGGCGAUGGGACCAUCACGAAAGCGGCCCUGGUCAUCGAUUGGAGGAAAGUGGACGCUCACAUGGAGAAAGUGCGAAAGAGUUCCCGCAUCAAACUGGAUCCCGAUUGCCUCAGAUGGAUACCGUUGCUCACGCAGAUUCCUAAUCCCUACCAGAGCGCGGAGGAGAGCGGCGACACCGGUUCGGAAAUGUCACCGGCGGUGGAGCCCAAACCUGCGGUUGUCGAGAAGAUUCAAAAGGUGAAGAUAAAGAAGAAGCCGAGAGGAAGAAGAUUGGGACAGAGAAAAUCGACGUCGUUGAAAUCGACGCCGUUGAGAGCAACAUCUCUUAAACCAAAAGUUUCGCAGAGGAUUGCUCACAAAGACACAUCCAAAGAAAACAAAGACGCUAAAGAGACGAAGGAGAUCAAGACAACGAGAGAAUCGAGAGAGACAAAAGACAAUCGUAAUGCCGAGAACGCUGAGAGUCGCAAAGAAACGGAGGUGGAUUCCAAGAAUGUGUUGUCCACGCCGAGGAAUGCGCGCGCUGCCAACGCGGCGAAAUCCACAACCCCGGCGAGUCCGCCGAAACCGAUCCAGAUAUCGUCGAUAUCGAGGAGAAGGAUCAGACCUCCCAAAACACUUACGACCGACACAGUUAUUACACCUUUGAGAAAACGAAAACAUUCCGAAAUCGAGGAAGACAAGAUGGAAGUUAUCAGCAGAAAGAGAACGACGCGAGAAUCUCUGAGAGAGAAGGAGAAGGAGCGGGAAACGGAGCGCGAAAAGGAGAGGGAGAAAGGAAGAGAGAAGGACAACAAAACGAAAGAAUCUUCGAGAGAAGCGUCGAUGGAAACCGGCAAAACACCGCCGAAGCUGGACUCAUCUCCGCCCAAACCUGCCAAGAAGCAAUGCAAAGUGGACGACAUUCUACACAAAGUUACCAGCAGGCAAACCAAGUAUCUGCAGGCGAAGGAGAAGAGAGCGUCGGAAGACAGAACGCAAUGUAACGGCAAAGAGGAGACGCGAGAUGCCAAGGUCUCGUCGAUCUCCAGGCGCGGAAGAGCCAAAGUGGUGGUCGAGUCUCUGAAGAUGCCCCAACUCAUGCCGGAAUCUCCCAGCGCGAAGAACAGAGCUGAGAGUCCUGUGGUGCCGCCUCCUUCGUUAUCCCCACCACCCGAGUCUGUGAAAAACUCUUCCACCCGAAGCAAGCAGCCGUCCGAAAAACCGGAAUCACCGCUCACAAAGCACUGCGGUAAUGGAGACACCAAGAGCGACAGCACCAUCCACGAGGACAUCGGACCGCCGGUUCCCACGGAAACGGAAGUAGUAUCUGCAAGUUCUGGCGAGUACGAAGGUGGCGACGAAGAUGAAGGAGAAGAGGAAGAAAUAGCCACACCGACACCUAAACCGAUAACGCAACCGCCCUCGCCUGGCAUGGAAAAUUCUACAAAAGAACCGUGCGAGAACGAAAAUACGGAGAACAAACUGCAGGAGGAGAAAGAUAACGACGAUAACUCGCUGCAGAAAGCGGAAGCGGAUCCAUCAUCGGCGGCUGACGACGAUCAGACGGAAACUGUGAACGCAUGUGAUAACUCUGAGACUGACAAGCGUCCUGUGAACAGUCCGGAGGCAUCGAAAUCAGUACCUGAACCAGUUGCUUCGCUGAAAGAGGAAGAAGUCGAGAUAUCGGAGAGCGUUUUGCCGAAGAAAGAUAGUCACGAUAGUCGUCCUAGCGAUGACUCCGUGUGUGAAACGCCGAAGGAUGCUAAAUUAGACUUACUGCGACCGAAAGCGGAAGCUUCUCCCGCCGCGAUCGCAGAGAAGAAAGACACAUGCGCUCUGGUUAACACGGUUAUGACGUCGGAAAGCGAGCCUCUCACGCCGCAGGAAAAACCGCCCGCUCACGUGGAACAUCAGGACACGACUUUGCAGUUACAGACCCAAACGGAAGAGCUGAAGCAACACUCGCCUGAGAGUGGCAAGACGACACCACAUCUGGAGAAUCCGGGAUCUGUGAAGAGAACUCCACCGUCGCAACCGGAUUUACCGUCUAUGGGUGUCUACACACCUGAUUCAACGACAAACUCGGUACACUCCCUGCAUUACGGCCAAUGCGAUUUGGACGUUAGUCAAUUGGGUCUGGAAUCGCCCACAUCCAUAGCGAGUGACCUGGCGUCGCAGAACAGCGUGGAGAGACCUCCCAGUGCUUUGCCGUCAAUCCCGCCGGCUGUCAGCGUGCCGAUUUCGGUUUCCAUGCAAAUUCCCACGCCGGUAACGUCAUCGGUGCCGGUGAACAUGCCGCAGCAGGUCCAGUACACCGAUUGUUCUCUUCAUACGACAUCGGCGCAUCACCCGAGCAUUCACUCUAUGCAUCAACCGCACACUCCGCAGUCUCUUCAACAACCGCGCACUCCGCAGUCGCAUACGCCUCAGAGUAUACCGACUCAGAGUCCGCAACCGUUGCCCCAGAGUCACACGCCGCAGCCGUUGCCGCAGUCUCACACGCCGCAGAGUAUACCGACGCAAAGUCCUCAGCCGUUACCGCAGAGCCAUACGCCGCAGCCUCUGCCUCCGUCGCACACACCACAACCGAUGCAGCUCUCGCUUGCGCAACAGAGCCAGAGUAUGGCUCACAGUCAGGCUCAACAGACGCAAUCGCAGCAGCAACAGCAGUCGCAACAAUCCGCUCAUCAGCAACAACCGCAACAGCAACAGUCUCAAUCACACAGCAAACGAGCGAGCAGUUCGCAGACCACACACAGAUCCAGAUCGACGCAGCAGAGCAGCAGGUCGCACCGCGCCACUCCGCCAACGCCGCACUCGCAAGCGUCCCAGCAUAACGUCGCGACGUCGCAGACCAGUCACAGCAGUAACAGCAGCAGCGUGACGCACUCGGCCCACGUCGCGGUACCGCCGCAUUAUCAGCAGUCGCCGUCGUCGAUGAGCGUGCCGCCGACAGUACCGCAUCCUCACUCACACACUCCGCACGCCGCGCACUCGCACAAUAUGGCAGUGAUCUCGCAGGGCAAUUACAUGGUUGCGGCGAGUUCACAGGGUUUCCCAACCCAGAAUACGUACGUGAUCCAACAUCGGAGCGGUCGUUCCGGCGCACCUACGCCCUGCACCACCGCGACGAACUUCUACAUACAAACGAGCCCGAUGCCUCCGCAUUCGCAUACACCGGCGCCGACGCCGCUUCCCGCAUCCGGGAGCAGUCAUCAAACCACCAACUCCUGUAGUCUCGCCAAAUUGCAGCAGUUAACUAACGGUCUGGAAAUGAUACCGCCAACGCCACCGCCGGCGAUGAACCUCACACCACCACCGCCGAUUCCGCACACCAUGACGCCGCCCCAGACGUCGCGGCAGCUGCCUACGCCGCCCCAGGUGCCUCUCGGCUACGCGAAGAACUAUUACAACGUCAACAGCGUACCGCCCGGCACCCCCGGGCCGCCCAGUCGCUCCACCUCCAGGUCGUCCGCGAACGCGAACAUGGCGUCGCUCGCGCAACCUUAUCCCAGUGAGAGUCUUUAUCGGCAGACACUCGACCCGAGCAGCACGUGUCCGCAGAUGCAGAGCGCCGCGAGUCGCAUCAGCUCCAACGUCGCUCUCAACACGAAUCUCAUGACGGCCGCGCAAUAUGGCUAUCGGGUGGCGCAGCCAGCAACGGGCUAUAUGAACCAGGCGGCGCAGCUUGGCGGUUUUAUGAAUCAGGCGAGUCAGUUACCGGUCGGCGUGGUGAACGUCCCGACGCCGUAUCCGCAAGAUCCGCUCCAGCAGAACCCGGCGGCGGUUUACACCACUUAUGGAUACGUGAACGGGAGCCUCAUGCAACCUCUCAACAGCACAAUGAGGCCGCGCUAGCUGUCAUGCUCCUCGCUCGCUUCGAUCGAACCUCGAGCGAAUAAACGAACUUCUUUUUCUUCGCGCGACAAGUUAACGCUCUCUUCGACACGGCUGUCGGCGGCGACCGAUCUCCGGAUGUCCACGACAUAAUUCGAUCGCCGCGGACACUCGCAACUUCCUCGACUGCUAUUACGUCAGUUGCUUCCAUCAGUUUUUUUUUUUUUUUUUUUUUUUUUUUUUUUUUUUUUUUUUUGCCAGCUGGUGCUACGCGCCGGCGGCUCACCAUUCCCGUCCUUUUCUUCUCGUCUUAAUUCAGGGACUUUGUGAAGCCUAAGAA